AUGGGGGUCACACAUGGAAAGAAGAGAGAUCUUCAACAUCCUCCAGAGACGCACCUGAACGUGUCUGUAAUGCAGAUACAAAAACUUGAACAGCAAAACAGAUACUGGGAGCUCCAGGCUUCUCUGUCCCAACUACAGAGUGAGGAGGAGAACAGUAAUCUCAUCAGACCCCAAAAACCUCUCAAUCCUUUAACAGCCUCCAAGAGCCACCAGGAGCUCCACAAAGAACUGCGGAUGACCCACAACAGCAGAGUGCACCAAGAAGGAAAGACUGAACUCCAGAGGGCUUUAGAAAAGAGAAGAUGGGAACAAAGGGUGAAGGCUAGCAGGGAUCAGGAAGAAGCGAAGAGGAGCAGAUCACCAUUUCAUCAGGAACUGCUCAAAAGACAACAGAGGCUAGAAAAGUUCGAGAGAGACAAGGGACAACAGCGAGAGGGCCCAGAGUUCCUCCGAGUCAAAGAGAGACUGAGACGAACAGCCGUGUUGGAUGCAUGA